CACGCUUCUCAGUUCUUGCUGGAUUGUUAGAUUGCAGUGGAUUGUUUUCCUCGGGACAUUUACAACAAGGUUAAAAUAUCAAAAACAUCUCAUGACACCAAUCCAAACCGUUCGGGGUUUAUCAGGGGGGACCCGGAACAUUCAUUUCCCCACCCAUAUACAUCCUCAUCCGUUGUUUAUAUGUUUAAAACUGAUGAAUAUAUUCAGCUCAGUGGAUAAAGCGCUUGUUGGUGCAUUGUUGUGGUUUGCGAUGUGUUGCUGGUUCGCAGACUCUUCGGCUAAAAUAUAGAUACAUGAAUCGCUUUCGAGUCGUUUUUUUGCAGAUCCGUUUAGUUUUUGUAUCAACACAACAGCAUUAGCUGGCCUGGACAAAAUGAGCAGAAAACAGCAUCAUUUUAAAGGAGCAGAGGUCAGCUGCUGUGUUAAAUACUUCUUGUUCGGAUUCAACAUCCUUUUUUGGUUGCUGGGAGCUGCAUUCUUGGGUAUUGGACUUUGGGCCUGGGCAGAAAAGGCAAUGCUGUCAAACAUUUCCUCCAUCACAGAUCUGGGCGGCUUCGACCCUGUCUGGCUCUUCAUUGUUGUAGGAGGGGUGAUGUUCAUCCUCGGAUUUGCCGGAUGCAUUGGUGCGCUCCGGGAGAACACAUUCCUACUCAAAUUUUUUUCAGUGUUUUUGGGCCUCAUCUUUUUCCUGGAACUCACAGCUGGCAUUUUAGCCUUUGUGUUUAAAGAUUGGAUCAAAGACCAGCUGAACUUCUUCAUCAACAACAAUGUUAAAGCAUAUCGGGAUGACAUUGACCUCCAGAACCUCAUUGACUUUGCUCAAGAAUAUUGGUCGUGUUGUGGUGCUCAUGGGCCGAAUGACUGGAACCUGAACAUCUAUUUCAACUGCACCGACUCUAACCCCAGCCGGGAAAGGUGUGGCGUUCCCUUCUCCUGUUGUGUCAAAGACCCCGCUGAGGAUGUCCUGAAUACACAAUGUGGCUAUGAUGUGCGGCUUCAAGGGGAGUUGGAUCAGCAGAAGUACAUUUAUACAAAGGGCUGUGUGGGGCAGUUUGAAAAGUGGCUUCAGGACAAUCUGAUCAUCGUUGCUGGGAUUUUUGUGGGGAUGGCAUUAUUACAGAUUUUUGGGAUAUGCCUGGCUCAAAACCUGGUGAGCGACAUCAGAGCGGUCAAAGCCAACUGGUGACUUUUUGCAGAGAGCGACAGGUGACAGUGACCUCUGAUUAUGGCAGAGAGCUUAUUGCAAAUAAACACUGUUUACACACCACUGAGCUGGUAAAUUCCACCCUUUUAACCCUACAGACUUUGUAUGUUAGCUGACUUUACAAAGUGGACUGUCCAUCUAUGUUUUUUCUUUUUUUUUGUGGUUCCUUCUGAAAACAAGCUCUUAUGGAGACUAUCCAGAAGGAGCUUAACGUGAGAUGUCACAUCGAGAUCAAGCUAUCUGCGAUCUCGCAGCUGUCUCUUUAUUGAAUGCUAUUUUCGUUUGCCCUUAAUAAAUGUUCACCAGACUCUCCUUCAUGUUGGUGAAUAAAGUGAAGGGUGUUUUCAUUAA